AUGGAUCGUUACUUAACUUGUCCACUAUGCCAGUAUUAUUUUAAUCAUCCUGUUAUUCUCCCUUGUGGCCAUAGUGUCUGCUUAAAGUGUGGCCAACGCGUGCAAAAAAGCAUCGCUACUGCAUCACCUGGUCUUCGUGCUAAACGAGCAUCUUUACCUAGUCUUCAUUAUGGCGACGGUGGACAGGUAACGCGUAGUAAGUCAGUCGAUCUGAUGGUAACUUCCAUCGUUUGCCCAGUUUGUGUCAAGAAAAAUAUCUUGGCCGAUCGAGGCGUUCAAGGACUUGCUAGGAAUUGCAUGUUUGAAGCAUUAAUUGAUAAGCUUAAAAAUCAGAAAAUUAGCCAAAUGAAUGAUUGCCAACUGUGCGAGAAAACGCCACCAACACAAGCUACUCGCUAUUGCGAGCAAUGCCACAUUGCUUACUGUGAUAACUGUUGUGCAGUUUGCCAUCCUAAGCGUGGACCACUUGCCAAUCAUACGUUAACCAUCAUCGCUAAAUCUCCUGUAGAAGAAUACCGACACAAACAACUCAACCCUUGCGCUCAUCAUCCUAAUCAAUUGGUCAAUAUGUUUUGCGCUACUUGUUCCGUUUUAAUCUGCUGUAAAUGCUUAGAAGUUGGAGGCCAUUCAAGCCAUGAUACUCGCAGUUUAGAUGUGGUUUGCAAGAAGCAAAAGACUAAUACUCAAGCCAACUUAAAUAUUCUGAAGACCAACGUGAACGAUUUACAAAUAUUUAUUGGAGAGCUAACCGAAUGUUACCAACAAUAUGAGAUCUCCAAUCUUGAUUUAGAAGCCUCAAUAGCCGCUCAAUUUGACUUAUUAAUUAAUCAAUUACAAAAGAAGAAAGAGAAAAUGCUAUCGGAUAUAUCGAAUCAACAGCGUGAACAGUUGGAAAGUCUUAGUCUACAAAAUAACUCUUAUAAGCAAAAAUUAGAAGAUGCAUCGGUCCUCGUUAGCUUCAUUGACGAAUGCUUAAAAACCAAUGAUUGCGGCAGUUUCAUCCAGGUGGCGGAUAAUCUAAACACCAAGAUUAACGAUGCCUUGGCGACAUGGAAAGACGAGAUUGUUUAUGAAGCAGCAGUGGAGCCGCCAUUGGACGUAGUUUUAGAUUCUAAGGCAUGUCAAAAGGCCGUUACUGAACUUUGCUUCAUUCAAAAAAGUGUCCCUAUGCAGCCUGAAAUUAUUGCUGAUGAAUGUCGUAUGUCCAAUAAUAACCUUACCGUCUGUUGGAGACCACCUAAAAAUUGCCAAGUGGAAGGCUAUAUCUUAGAAUUGAUGGAAGAUGGCCAAACAAAGUAUAAAGAAAUCUACCGUGGUAGAGAAUGCAAAUAUACAGCUAGAAACUUGCAUUUCGAUACUACUUAUAAUGCUCGUGUCAGAGCCUAUAAUAAAGCUGGUAUCAGUGAACAAAGUGUUGAAAUCUGUCAAGGAACAACACCUAAAGUAAUGCAUUUUAUCGUCGAUGAUGCCUUAGGCCACCCAGACAUUAAACUCUACAAUGAUAAUACCGUGAUUACAUGUAGCAAUAGUCAAGAUAGAGUAAUACUUGGCAGCGUUGGAGUUUCACGAGGUGUCCAUUACUGGGAAGUAUGCAUUGAUCGAUACGUUGGAGAUCCGGAUCCUGCGGUUGGUGUAGCAUAUCUUGAUGCCAACAGGGAUUCAAUGCUUGGACGAGAUACCAAAUCGUGGGCAAUGUAUGUUGAUAGCUCUAGAAGUUGGUUUAAACACGAUAAUGUCCACACCAAUCGUUGUGAAGGUGGAGUAACCACUGGCUCAACUGUAGGCGUCCUCUUAGAUAUGGACAGAGGCUUGGUGCGCUUCUAUAUUAAUGGUGAGCCACAUGGCCCAGUAGCAUAUAAAGGAUUAAGCGGUACCAUCUAUCCAGCAUUUAGUUUAAAUAAUAAGGUACAAAUGAGUAUUCGUACUGGUUUAUCGAUUCCUUCCAAUUAUUUAAUUAGUACAAAAUAG